AUGGCCUCACCGAGCCCCGAAAACGGCGCAGAUGCGCCGUCGCGCAACUUCCCCCAGGACCCCUCGGAAUUCGACAACGACCCACGCAUUUCAUUCUCGAAACUGGACGAUAAGUUCAUUCUGGAGACCGACGAUGGGCAGGAGUUUGUAUUCGACUCGGGGAUCAAGCGCUGGGUUCAGACGGUAUGGAUACUUCUCGCGGCGGCAUCUGCAAAUCUCGACUGCGUGGACGUCGGGAAGCAUGCGCGCGCAUUCCAUGAUUGGGAGCUUGAACGCUAA